UAAAGGAGACAUUUUUCUAUUUUCUUGAGCAAAAAGGAGGAAAAUGUCAAACAAGUCCCCAAUCUUCCCCAUGACUGGGCCUCAACACUUCAGUGACUAUGGCUUUGACCCUCAAAUCGACUAUUUUCAGGUGUUGGAAGAAGCAAGGAAGCACAAGAAAGAAUCAUCGUCAUCGAGAACCAUUGAUUCCCUUCACUUCAAGCUCCAGAAACCCGUUUCAAAAGACGAACAAUUUUCCCGGAAAACAAACAAUCUCAAGGCCAAGAACAAGAGGAAACGUUGGUGGUGGAAAAAUGCUCUCUUUUUAUUCAAGUGGAAGAAAUGGGGUGGUGGUAGUGGUGGUAGUGUUAGUGGUCUAGAUCUUGAACUCGAGCCCGACGUUCAUCGAGUCAGGGCUCGAGCUUUCCGAGCUUCGAUGUCGGGACCGGUUUACGUAACCGAUAGCCGAAGCGGUUCGGGUCCAACCACACCCUGCAAAAUCACUAGCCGCCCAUCUUCAGGUCCAUUGAAGAUCCCAUUUUUGAGUCUCAGGGAACUUAACAUGGAGCAACAGCAAAGGGCUUCCACUUCUGCAAUGCCCAUAUAUCUUGUCUCUUGA